CAGUAGCACUACCAGUAUCAUUGCCCGUACGGUAGCAAGUAAGAAAAUCCAGUUAGAAAUCCAGUAAGAAAAAACAUAUCGUCUGCGGCAGGCUUAAGUCACAACUAUGAAUAUGGGCCCGAGUUAUAGCAUCGUGGACAUAGAUCUUAACAUUUUCAUUUCAAAAUUAUCGAUAUCUUUCCUACGUUUUAACUUGUACAGAGUCAAACAAGGUUGGUAUGACAAGAUUUUUGCGACCAAAAAUAAACGAGAGGAUAAAGAAUUAGACAGAGACGCUCGAGUUUUGCGCACACCAUGCUUACUCCCACCAUGACCAUAUAGUUGCCGGUUGGCGGCAUACCGGUAUUACCGGUUCGGUAAGCGUGUUUGUAAUAGUGUGAAAAAGCGCAUGCGUGGUUAGGAUUGCUGAUGCAAUCCUCCUUUAGUCUUACCUAAUUAUUUUUCGCCAUUCCCAUUUAUAAUCCUGUAUUUCACAUACUAUUUUUGUUUAAUGGCCAAAUCGUCCCCGCCCUACUAGUUCACUGGGGACGGGUGCCAAAUCAAUCGGAAGAAGAAGAAGAAGCAUUUGGCAUCAUUGGUUCUGCCACAUCAGUAUCUUGAAAAAUUUUUUCUCUGAUAUUACAUUCAGAAGUGAUCAGUCACAAGUUUGAUUUGAUAAAAGAAAACGAAGGAAAUCAGUUACAAUAUACGUGCACACAUAUUAAACUAAUCUGCUGAAUAAUGCACAAUAAUAUUGAAGCACAUUUGGAGAAAAACUUGAAAUCUUAAAUUCAAUUCAAUCAAGAUAUAGCAGCAAACGAACAUUAUGGCAGAGAAAGAAAUUUCUGAUGUAAAAGAAGUUAUAUCUACGAAGAUUUCCCUAGAAGAAAAUCAAACAUCCACAGAAUCAUUGUCACGUUUUCCUUUGUAUACCAAGAGCUAUUCUCAAACAAGUAUCGAGAUGACUACAUCUGAGUAUACAUGGACAAUUGAUCAGUUUAAGAUUUUUUCUGACACUGUACCUAUAUUACGUUCUGCACCAUUCCCAGAAAGCGGACAAUUCAUGAUUCAAAUAAAUUUUCCAACUCAAGCUGAUCUGGCAAAAAAUAUAAAAUUAUAUGUACUUACUAAGAAAGCAUUUACUGGUUUAUGUUCUAUUACUAUAAUGUAUCCACCUGAAAAAAUUUUAUUAUCAAAAACAAAGUUGGGUAGUGUAUCAAAUAUGACAUUAUUACUUGAAAUUCCAAUAUCUAAAUUUGGCUUUCAUCGUAAUUCAGACACACAUAACUCAGAUAAAAUAAAUCAAAUACAUUCAAAUAAACCUUUGUUUAAACGCGUACAACAUAAUAAUGAUUCAUUUGGUUCGAGGCCAUGUGAAGAUACAUCAUCUUCCGGUUAUUUUCCACAAUUUUCCACUGUAAAUUCAAAAUCAAAUUCAAGUACAUUAGCUUUCAAUUUUUCUGCAAAUUCCGUAAAUUCAAAAUCAAAUUCUAAUUCUGAUUCUAAUAAUGAUUCAUUUGAUCAGAGCUCACAUAAAUGUGUCGAUAUUCCUGUAAAUUCAAAAUCAAAUUUAAAUUAUAAUGUAUUUGGUUCAAACUCAGAUAAAAGUACAUUUUCUUUCAAUAUUCCUGUAAAUUCUGUAAAUUCUAAUUCAAAUGCACAUAAUUCAGAUUCAUUAUUAAAUACGUUGUAUGAUAAGCUGCAAUGUAUAGUAAGUUGCAAGUUUGAAGUUUAUCAACAAGUGUUGUGUAAUACUUUAUAUAUGAAUUUACUACCGUCUUCAACAGUAUUAAAACUUAAUGGAAACUCAACCCUCGACGAGUUUGACAUUAUGAAUGAAAAAUCAAUCAAAUUUAUAGUCGAGAAAGAACAAUAUGUUAUACAAAAGAAAUUAUUGUAUGCUACUAACAGUAACUACUUUAAGAAUAUCUGUCUUACACAUGAAGGAGUAGAAAAAGAUAUGACAAGUGAAUUACAAACAAAUAAUGAAAUAGAAGCUUUUAAACAGAUUUUAUUAUUUAUUAUAACUGGCUCACAAUCAGUAGAAUCGUAUGAUUAUAAUACGCUUAAAAAAUUAUUAAUAACAGCUGAUAAAUAUAAUGUACCAACCUUAAAAUUAACGUGUGAACAUUAUUUGUUGCGCAAAAUUGAAAUUAAAAAUGCUGUUGAACUUAUGCAACUUGCUUUAUUGUACAAUGCAAAAUUUUUAGAAAUGGAUUCAGUAAAGUUUAUCAAAUUUCAUAUAAAAGAAAUUGUGAAUACUGAAGAAUUUAAAAAUCUGUCACAAAAAGAUUCAAAUAAGAUAAUGGAAUUAAUUGAGGAAAGUCAACUUGAAGUCAGUACUCAGAAAUACUUUUUUACCGCCAAUAACAAAUAAGAUAUUUACAUUAAACAAUGUUUGAUCCAUGUAAUAUUGCUAGUAGAUAUAAAUGAAUACUACAUGAUAAAACUUUUUUCAUUUAACUGAUUAAAGCUUACUACAAAUAUAUUAUAAUUUUUAAUUUUUAUACAUGUAUAUUAAGCAUUUAUAUAAAAAUAAGUUUCAACACAAAUGAAAAGUACUUCUUUCAAGUCUGUACGACAUUUAUUACAUUUAACAUUUAAUCGUAAUUUUUUCAAGUUUACAAGUUGAUCUAAGAUAAAAGAAAAAAUAGAAAAUUAAAAAUCUUUGUACACCGAACGUUAAUGUUAACUAUAAAUGUUUUUUUGUCAGUAUUGUAUCCGAUUAUAAAUUUUCAAUUGUUUUUUAGAUUAUCCUGAGUGCAUAUUAUAAUGUCAGAUCGUUAGACAAUCUUUUUCAAGUAGAUUGGUUUUAUUAAAUGUGAAGAUGAUUUUUGUUUUUCUGCGUUUGUUAUAAUUAUAAGUUUUUUAAUAUUGCGAUUAUUGUGGAUGUCAAUCCAAUAGACAUAAAUGCAGCGUAAAAUCAACAUUUUAAAUAUUACUUUAAAGUUUCUUGUUUAUUGCGAACAAAAUUAUUGUAUGCUACUAACAGUAACUACUAACAGUAAUUAAAAUAAAAUAAAAUUUAUAUCUUAAUUAAUAAAUAAAGAAACUUAUAGAUUA